AUGAUGCAAAUAUCAUCUGAGACUGUGAACAUGAAUGAGUUAGAUCAACAGGCAUCGUCAAAACCUAAACGGCAACUUAAACCAUUCUUUCGACCUUCUGGAAUCCGGUCACCUUAUACAUUACCAACCCAAGAACCAAGAUCCAAUCAUAAUACGAUGGUCAUUAACCCAAGACUGAAUACGAAGCUGCUUUCUCUUUCUGCCAAAAGAGCUUGUUUAGAACAAAAUGCGCCGAAAACUCAAGCCGUACCUUCUGGACCACUUAAACAUAAACCCAGUCAAUCUUCAUUUUUCGACAAAAGAACCCCACAGAUAUCCUCGAGCAAAGAUAAUGGAUGGCACACGCACGCUGACCAAAGUAGUAGCUCAACCCAAUCUAGCAACUUCUCUUUAAAUAAUAGCAACAAUCAAGCAAUUCACCCGGCUCCUUGGCCUGAUAAUACUAUGCAUGGUAAUCGAUGCUGGAAAGAAGAGCCCAAGAUAUUUAAUAAAAGAACAAAUACAACACACGGAAACAAUCUGAUUUUAGUGUCUGCAGAAGCUCAAGCAUCGUACUUUAAGACGAUCCACAGCUCCAAAAACCUUGAAUCCACGCACCAAACAAGAUUGGAUGAUCCUUUAUUCAAUAUGUGUACACUAAAUAGUAAACAGAUGAAAAGAUUUAUGGAUAAAGUAUACAAUUCCCAUUGGAAAUCAGAUGCCUGUAUCAAUAUCUUAGAGUCUAUAUUCACUACCAAUCAGGAAGAAUUACCAAAAAGACACGCAACAGAGUACAUGCUUUGGACAGAAAAAUACAAACCGACGAAAGCAUCGCUUUUACUCUCUAAUACAAGAAGUGGAAAUUAUUUAAAAGAAUGGCUGGAGGAAAUGAAGAUUUCUCCUGUGACCAUGUCAACCGAAAGGAGGAUGAAUGAAUAUUAUCACGAUAUAUUUGACGAUAUAAAAGAAGUUCAAGUUGAUCCAGAUGAUGACUUUUUACCUACAAAUAAGACCUCUCGACAGGCAAAUUUAAAGGGAAGAAAAAGAAAGCGCAUUAAUAUGAGCUCGAACAUGAUUAUGUUAGUGGGGGACCAUGGAGUUGGAAAGACCGCAGCAGUAUAUGGAACAGCAGAGGAAACAUGUUAUGAUGUUUUUGAGAUUCACCCAGGUAUGAAGCGAGCAGGAAAAGACCUGAUGGCCGCCGUGGGAGACAUGGCAGAAAAUCACCAAGUUAUCUUUGAUUCUACAAUUCCUUUGAUACGCUCUGAAUUCAAGUGCGGUGGGGAAGAUGUGUCUUUCGAAGAGACCAAUAUACCUUCAGAAUACAAAAAGAGAGACAUUAAAAAAAAGUCUCCAAAUAAGGAUGAUCCGAAACCCAAAGGAUCCAUCAUGUCCUACCUCCAGAAAAUUUCCAAAAAGAAGGCGACAGAUUUAGCCUUGUCAAACAAUCAGCACGCGCCUCAGCAAGCGUACCAAGACCCGCGUGAAACAGCGACAACAAUAACACCCAUGGAUCAGAUCACACGUACAAACAUGCGUAUUGAUUUGGAAACUAUGAUGCCGCCUAGACCACUAGAAACACGACAAAGCUUAAUUCUAUUGGAAGAAGUUGAUAAUUUAUUUGAAGACGACAAAGGAUUCUGGCCGGCAGUCACUAAUCUUGCUCAAAAAAGCAAACGCCCUAUUAUUAUGACAUGCAAUGCUAACAGAAGCAUUUGGCUAGACAUAAAAUCUGUACCUGUCAACAAAUUAUCUCUUCAAGCUAUAUUGCCUUUCAAAGCACCAGAUGAAAAGAGAUUAUUACCUUAUCUCCAGCUGGUCUGUUUUUCAGAGGGAUAUCUUGUUUAUCCACAUGAUCUAGCCUGCCUUAUAGAUGUGAUCGGCUGUGAUCUGAGACAAUUGAUAUACACACUUGAGAUGUGGUGCAAGACUCAAGAACUACCCAAUGUGCAAGAUCCGGGUAGUGAUAAGAAGCGGUUUUAUAAACUUCAAGGCUUAUUUGAACACAUUAUGGGACACUCUAAUGGAAAUAACAGUCUAAAUCCAUGUCUCUACACACUUCACAGUACAUAUCAUAUGUCUAGUAUUAGUAUUGGUUAUGAUCCAAAGGCCUACAAAUCAGACUCUACAAAUAUUUGUGUGCCAUGCUUAAAAGAUAAAACCAAAAAAGAUUGUCUUCCGGUAGACCUAAAAUCAAUGCAAAGACUUUUGUCGAUUGGAAGUAGUCUGGACAUUUGGACCAAAUUUUCAGAAAAGCAGUCAUUUAAAGAGGGCUUAACUUUGGAUGAGGUAUGA